UAACGAGAUUGGAAAAUAGCCACUUCAAACUGAAUCUACCAGUCCAAGAUCUUGAUAAUGUUUACGAGGAACCAAAUAAAUCAAACAGAGUUGAAUCAGAAGAAAGCAGGAAAAGAGCUUUUGAAAGAAAUUCUAAUGAUUUUAACAAAUUUUCACCAACCAAACUGCUUACAACAAAAAUAUCAAAAAUAUUGCCGUUUGAGGAAAGUACAAAAUCAGCUAGUGUCCAUUUUGAGAGUAUUCAAGAUGUUGGGAAUACAUUUGUUAAAGAUGAAGAGGGGGUUUCGCUUAAAAGAAUUUCAAGUAAGAAGAGUGAUCAGGGGGAUAUUGACGAAGAUGAAAUUGUUGAAGGUAGUUCAAGUGCAAUCCUGGGUAAAUUAAAUCAUUUGGGCUUCGGUACGAGUGAAUCCAACAGAAACAAAAGUACUGUUACAGUUCCUGCUGCUAAUUUAAAUGAUGAUGAAGUCAAGAAAGAUGCAAAGAAAAAGUGGGAUUGGAAUAUUUUCAGCAAGAGUGAUAAA